CUUUAUCAAAACAAGAUGAAAAAGUUCCUGUUGUUGCUUCUCCUCUGUCACGUCUCAUCUCCAGUCAAACACUCACUGAAGUUAUUCUUCACUGGAUCUUCUGGAGUCCCAAACUUGUCAGAGUUUGUGGGUGUUGCAGUGGUGGAUGGACUUCUGGUGGCUUACUGCGACACCAACAAAAAGAUAGUAGAACCAAAACUGGACUGGAUGAAAACAUUUUUUGACAACAACCCUCAGCAUUGGGAAAUGUACACUGCAGAGUGUUUUGAGAGGCUUCCUAACUUAUUCAAAGCCUGGAUGAAUGACAUGAAGCAGAGCUUCAACCAAACUGGAGGUGUCCACAUUCUCCAGAGGAUGGAAGGCUGUGAGUGGGACGAUGAGACUGGAGAGGUCAAUGGUUUUAAUCAGUUUGGUUAUGAUGGAGAAGACUUCAUAGCAUUCGACCUGAAGACAUCAACAUGGAUCACUCCGAAACCACAGGCUGUCAUCACCAAACAAAGAUGGGAUGCUGAGAUAUCUAGAAUAAAAUACAUUGAGAUUCUCCUUACUGAGAUGUAUCUUGAUUGGCUGAAGAUGUAUUUGGACUACGGCAAGAGCUCUCUGCUGAGAAAAGAUCUUCCCUCAGUGUCUCUCCUCCAGAAGUCUCCCUCCUCUCCAGUCAGCUGCCACGCUACAGGUUUCUACCCUGACAGAGCCAUGAUGUUCUGGAGGAAAGAUGGAGAGGAGCUUCAUGAGGACGUGGACCUCGGAGAGAUCCUCCCCAACCACGAUGGAUCCUUCCAGAUGAGUGUUGACCCGGACCUUUCAUCAGUCCCAGCUGAAGACUGGAGGAGGUACGACUGUGUGUUUCAUCUCUCUGGUGUGGAGGACGACAUCGUCACCGAACUGGAGAAAGCAGAGAUCAGGACCAACAGAGAUAAGCCCAGUCACAUGAUCGUCCCCAUCACUGCUGCAGUGGUUGUUCUUGUUCUCGUCUUCAUCGCUGCCACUGGAUUCAUCGUUUACAAAAGGAAUAAAGAACAGAGACCCUCCCUCCUCGGAGAAAACACACAGAAUACAGAACAGAACCAGCUUGGUCCUCAGACACGUCUUUAUCAAAACAAGAUGAAGAAGUUCCUGUUGUUGCUUCUCUUCUGUCACGUCUCAUCUCCAGUCAAACACUCACUGAAGUUUUUCUUCACUGCAUCUUCUGGAGUCCCAAACUUCCCAGAGCUUGUGGUUGCUGCAGUGAUGGAUGAACUUCUGAUUGGUUACUGCGACACCAAGAAAAAGACAGUAGAACCAAAACAGGACUGGGUGAAAACAUUUUUAGAAAACAAUCGUCAGUAUUGGGAAAUGUACACUAAAGAGUGUCUUGAGAGUCUGCCUAACUUCAAAGACUGGAUGAAUGACAUGAAGCAGAGCUUCAACCAAACUGGAAGUGUCCACAUUCUGCAGAGUAUGAGUGGCUGUGAGUGGGACGAUGAGACUGGAGAAGUCAAUGGUUUUAAUAAGUAUGGUUAUGAUGGAGAAGACUUCCUAGCAUUCGACCUGAAGACAUUGACAUGGAUCGCUGCAAAACCACAAGCUGUCAUCAUCAAACAAAGUUGGGAUGCUGAUAUAUCUAGAAUAAAACGCAUUGAGAUUUUCCUCACUGAGAUAUAUCCUAAAUGGCUGAAGAUUUAUGUGGACUACGGCAAGAGCUCUCUGCUGAGAAAAGAUCUUCCCUCAGUGUCUCUCCUCCAGAAGUCUCCCUCCUCUCCAGUCAGCUGCCACGCUACAGGUUUCUACCCUGACAGAGCCACGAUGUUCUGGAGGAAAGAUGGAGAGGAGCUUCAUGAGGACGUGGACCUCGGAGAGAUCCUCCCCAACCACAAUGGAUCCUUCCAGAUGAGUGUUGACCUGGACCUUUCAUCAGUCCCAGCUGAAGACUGGAGGAGGUACGACUGUGUGUUUCAUCUCUCUGGUGUGGAGGAUGACAUCGUCACCAAACUGGACAAAGCAAAGAUCAGGACCAACAGAGAGAACUCUUCUGACAGGACCAUUCCCAUCACUGCUGGAGUGGCUGUUCUUGCUGUCGUCAUCCUCGUCGCUGCCACUGGAUUCAUUUUUUACAAAAAGAAGAAAACCAAACUCCCUCCACAAUCUCCUGACAACAGCUCUGAGCUCUCUGAGCUCUCUGAGAAACUGAAUCCAGAGACCUGAUUUACAAACACAUCCUGCACUGCUCCUGACAACAGCUCUGAGCUCUCUGAGAAACUGAAUCCAGAGACCUGAUUUACAAACACAUCCUGCACUGGUAAAGCAGUAAAC